GCAGCGCUGGAGGCGGCGGUGGCCGGCCUGCGGGGUGGGAAGCCUUAGCGGGCCCCAGGUAAACGAAGUGCUGCGCAGUGCUGUCCCCGCCGCCCGCCGCCCUCCGCGGAGCCAUGGAGAUCGGCACCGAGAUCAGCCGCAAGAUCCGGAGUGCCAUUAAGGGGAAAUUGCAAGAAUUAGGAGCUUACGUUGAUGAAGAACUUCCUGAUUACAUUAUGGUGAUGGUGGCCAACAAGAAAAGUCAGGACCAAAUGACAGAGGACCUGUCCCUGUUUCUAGGGAACAACACAAUUCGAUUCACCGUAUGGCUUCAUGGUGUAUUAGAUAAACUUCGCUCUGUUACAACUGAACCCACUAGUCUAAAGUCUUCUGAUACCAACAUCUUCGAUAGUAACGUGCCUUCAAACAAGAGCAGUUUCAGUCGGGGAGAUGAGAGAAGGCACGAAGCUGCAGUAUCUCCCCUUGCCAUUUCUAGCAGUAGACCUGAAAAAAGAGAUUCCAGGGUUUCUGCAGGUUCACAGGAGCAGAAAACCACUAAUACCAGACAGACUUAUGAUGAAGGAGCUGCAACCCGACUAAUGUCAACAGUGAAACCUCUGAGGGAGCCAGCACCCUCUGAAGAUGUGAUUGAUAUUAAGCCAGAACCAGAUGAUCUCAUUGAUGAAGACCUCAAUUUUGUGCAGGAGAAUCCCUUAUCUCAGAAAAAACCUACAGUGACACUUACUUAUGGUUCUUCUCGCCCUUCCAUUGAAAUUUAUCGACCACCUGCAAGUCGAAAUGCAGAUAGUGGUGCUCAUUUAAACAGGUUGCAGUUUCAGCAGCAGCAAAACAGUAUUCAUGCUGCCAAGCAACUUGAUGUACAGAACAACCGGGUGUAUGAAACAGGACAUUUGUGUGAACCAGAAGUGCUUAACAAUUUAGAAGAGACUUAUAGUCCCUUCUUCAGAAACAACUCAGAAAAAAUGAGUAUUGAGGAUGAAAACUUUCGGAAGAGAAAGUUGCCUGUGGUGAGUUCAGUUGUUAAAGUAAAAAAGUUCAAUCACGAUGGAGAAGAGGAGGAGGAAGAUGAUGAUUAUGGCUCCCGAACAGGAAGCGUGUCCAGCAGUGUAUCUGUGCCAGCAAAGCCUGAAAGGAGACCUUCUCUUCCACCUUCUAAACAAGCCAACAAGAAUCUAAUUUUGAAGGCUAUAUCUGAAGCUCAAGAAUCAGUAACAAAAACAACUAACUAUUCUGCAGUCCCACAGAAACAGACACUUCCAGUUGCUCCAAGAACUCGAACUUCUCAGGAAGAAUUGUUAGCAGAAGUAGUCCAGGGGCAAAGCAGGACCUCCAGAAUAAGUUCCCCCAUUAAAGAAGAGGAAGCAAAAGGAGAUAAUGUAGAAAAAAAUCAAGGAACUCAACAGAGGCAAUUAUUAUCCCGACUGCAAAUUGACCCAGUAAUGGCAGAAACACUGCAGAUCAGUCAAGAUUACUAUGACAUGGAAUCCAUGGUCCAUGCAGACACAAGAUCAUUUAUUCUGAAGAAGCCAAAGCUGUCUGAGGAAAUAGUAGUGGCACCAAACCAAGAGUCGGGGAUGAAGACUGCAGAUACCCUUCGGGUACUUUCAGGACACCUUAUGCAGACACGAGAUCUUGUACAACCAGAUAAACCUGCAAGUCCCAAGUUUAUAGUGACGCUGGAUGGUGUCCCCAGCCCCCCAGGAUACAUGUCAGAUCAAGAGGAGGACAUGUGCUUUGAAGGAAUGAAACCCGUAAACCAAACUGCAGCCUCAAACAAGGGACUCAAAGGUCUCCUCCACCCACAGCAGUUGCAGUUGAUGAGCAGGCAGCUUGGUGACCCAGAUGGUAGCUUUUCCUACGCUGAGAUGAGUGAACUGAGUGUGGUACAAAAACCAGAAAAGCUUUUGGAGCGCUGCAAGUACUGGCCUGCUUGUAAAAAUGGGGAUGAAUGUGCAUACCAUCAUCCGAUUUCACCUUGCAAAGCCUUCCCCAAUUGUAAAUUUGCUGAAAAAUGUUUGUUUGUUCAUCCAAAUUGUAAAUUUGAUGCAAAGUGUACUAAGCCAGAUUGUCCCUUUACUCAUAUGAGUAGAAGAAUUCCAGUACUGCCUCCAAAACCAGUUACAACACCAACACCAUCUUCUAGUAGUCAGCUCUGCCGUUACUUCCCAGCAUGUAAGAAAAUGGAAUGUCCCUUCUACCAUCCAAAACACUGUAGAUUUAACACUCAGUGUACAAGACCGGACUGUACAUUCUAUCAUCCCACCAUUACUGUACCACCAAGACAUGCCUUGAAAUGGAUUCGACCUCAAACCAGUGAAUGACGCCCAGUCCUAUCUGGUGGAAGAUCAUGCAGUUUGAAAGGUUCCAUCUACUGAUGAAAGAUAAUUCUACAGAAUUUGUCGAAUCUUUGAAACUUGGAAUAUAUUGCUUUCAUAACAUGAAGUUUAUUGUCUAUCUAAAGUGUCUAAUUUUUCAAGUUUGUAAGUUUAUUAAGUAGUUUUAACAUUGGGUGUUUUGUUGUUGUUUUGAUUAUGAAAAGACAGUUUAAGGAAAAGCUAAAUUCUAUUAAAACAUUUGAGGCAUGUUUGUACACUGCUGCUUCAGUCUCAGCACAUGCCAUCAUUGUUAGUGAUGGUUCUUUCAGUUUAGGACCACUGGCUGUACUGAGGAGUGCUGUUAUUUUGAAAGCAGAAUUGCUUUCACUCUUCCCAAAGAUGAUAUGAUGUUUGUAGUCCACCAUGAAAACAGGAGUGGCCAAAAGUAUUGAGGCAGCUUAAAAUAGUCACUCAAAUCUGUUUUAAUUUUUAAAAGAAUUUAGUUAGAAAAACAUGGUAGUACAGGCCUCUGAGUUUGAGUGCCACUUUGGUGCAGUGGUCCCUACGUCCCUUGCCUUCUGUGAAAGGAGUGUGAUGGGCAUAAACAAGAAAGCAAUUGGAAUGACAAGUGCAAAAAAUAUGAACAAUUCCUUUAAAAUACUUUCAUUUACUAUUAACAUACUUUUUAAAUAAACUUUUUGGGGAACUACAUUGUCACAAAAUAUACAAAAAUUUUUACAAGUAUAUACAUUAGGAUCAGAGAAAACAAACUUUUAAACAGAUUAUAAAUAUAUAUUCCCACAUUCUGAAAAAUAACAUUCUCAGAAAUAACUCCACAGAAAAUACACUUGGUUACUACUGAAGAUCAUUUUUGAAAUGUAAAAAUUAGAUUUAAGUCAUAUUUUUAAAUGACAGAGCUAUAUAAUUACAGAGAUCAGAUGGGUAAACUGCAAGAUAGGAUGAAACUUUUGGCCUACUGUAUUUAUUGAGUUUUGUGUGUGGUUUUUAAAAUUGUUAAGGCAAGAUGUGUCCAAUGCUUUAGAAUUAAAUAACAAACAGAUAAUUGAUUUUAUUGAUGUAUAGUAGUGUUUUUAAAAAUUAAAUCUUAAAAAGUGGUUAGUAAAGAGUGAAUUAAUGCAGAUGGGAUAAUAAAGAUUCAGAUGUUUUCAGGACCAAAUUAACUGUUUAAAAAAAAAAAGAUUGACUUAGUCAUAUUCUUGAAGGAUGGAUAAUAAACCCACAUCUAUAAAAAGCAUUUUAAGAUCAUAAAGCCAGGCUUCUACUGUUGUGAUCAUUGGUUUUUCCAUUGGGAGAAGAAACAACUAGUUGUUAAACCAUUUGGUGAGCUGCACUUGGCUGUGGAGAUCCCAAAAUGAAGACUUGAAACACUGAAAGAACGAAGCACACAAGGGCGGUACAACCACUGUGCUAGGCUAGGUGAGGUGACAGUCCCCCUCAUUCUCAGAGUGCUCCACUGAAUUUAAGGCAUUUGUUCAUUUCAGUGUUGAUGCUUUGCAUCUCUGCAGAAGAAAUUUGUUUUUAAAUGAUUUAUUUAAUAAAACUAUCAUUUAUAAAUGG